UGCUGUAAAUAAAAUGAAAUGAUAUGUGUUGAUUAUUAUCUUUCAACAAUCUGGUUUUUGUUGCACCCGAUAUAAGAUGUGGAACAAAAAUUAUCAAUUUUGAUAUCGAAUAAUCGUAAGCAACAAAAAAAUAAAUAAAUAAAUGUUGAAAUUCAUAAUUAUUGAUUCAGAACAAAACGAAUGAAAUUACUACGGAUGGAAAUACUGCGAAAAAUAUUGUUAGUAUAUUCGAUCAUUUGUCAUUUAGCCGUAUCACGAUCAUCAUCAUCAUCAUCAUCAUCAUCGUUAUAAUCAUCAUAAUUGUACAGUAGCAGUAUCAUGAAUUCAACAACGACAACGUAAAAAUCCAAUGUAUGCUGCUUGUUUGAUGCCAUCGUUUGUUUGACUUGACUUGAUAAUUGACUUUCAAUAACAUCAUCUUGAAUUUCGAAAACAAAACCUGUACACUAUACAUUAUUGGCCGACUAUUGAACGAUGACAUAUUCUUACUCAUCUAAUCAUCAAACAAUGACACCGUUCAACAUACAUGGCGAUCAUGAUGAUCUAUCUGAAACUGAAUUUCUUAAGAAUGCAAUUGCCACACAUAAUAAAUAUGGUAGUACAAAUUGUAAUUUUGGCCAACAAAAUUAUCGCUUUAUAACUCAUUAUAUUGAACCAACGGAUACGUUACAAGGUCUUGCAUUGAAAUAUGGAUGUAAGAUCGAGAAUAUAAAAAAAUUUAAUAAAUUAUAUUCAGAUGAUAAUAAUCAUCUUAGGUCACGUUUUUCCAUAUUGGUACCAAUCGAAACUGAAACCAAGAUACAAUUCGAUUCUGAUCUAUCAUCAUCGCAAUCAUCAUCAUCUAGUCUUGAUCCAUGUAAAAGAAUUUCAAAUGAUCAAUUUAAAAGCCAUCCACAGUCUUUAAAAAGUCCUAAAUUUGAAUGUCGAAAUUCAUAUAGUUUUGACAGCGUUCAAAUCAUGACGACUAAUCGUGAUAAUAAAGCCAACAAAGAUUCGAAAUUGACGAAUAAAUCCAUAAGCUUUAGUGAUACAAAUCAUAUGAAUAAUGGUGCCGAAAGUGUUGCCGAUUUUCUAAUACGAAUCGAUAGUUCAAUAGCUCAAACAAAAAAUCAGAUGGAAAAUCUUUCCAAACGUGUUGCCAGUGAUAUAUCUAUCGAAAAUGAAUUGAAUCGUAUAAAUACAAGAAAAUUCAAUUCACCAUCUCGAAUAUCGACAUCAUUUCGAUCAUCAUCAACAUCGAAUUCAAAUUCAAACAUAUUUGAUCAACAUCAAGAUAACAUACCAAAUGUGACUGUUAAUAAUAGUCGUAAUAAUAAAAAAAUUAAAUCAUCAUUAAAACGUUUGGAAAAAUCUCAAGAAGAAAUUUUCGAAUUGUGAUUUUCUAUUAUUUAUCAUUCAUU